AUGGGAAUCAUAACAAAUCAAGACGGCAUAUUGCAAACUUGUAAUUGUGGUGUUGACAGGUCAAUAUUAUAGUAUUUGGAAAUCCUAUUGAUUCUGAGUUUAAUUGUCAAAGCCCCUUUAAAUAUAGAAUUAAAUGGCAUCACAAAUGAUUAGACUGAUUAAUCAGUGGAUUCUUACAGAAAUGCAUACAUCCCUCUAAUAAAGAAGUUUACUCCAGAAUGGGAUGUCUCCUUAAAGGUUACUAGAAGGGGAUUUUAGGCAGGAACUGGAACUGUAAAGUAUCUUUAAUGAUGAAAUUAAUAGCUUGCAUUCUAAGCCUAUAAGAUAGAUUUAGGCUACGACCUUGAUUGAGAGAGGACCUAUUUGUAAAAUUCGAGGAGCCUGUUCUGGUAGUAAAGUAGCUCCUAAUCUUUUUGAAUAGAGUUGUGAGUCAAUGUAGAAAUGUGUUCUAUGA